GUAAAUGAUGGGCAUAAACAUUUUUAAACCUGGUGCGAGUAUUCUGUGUUUGUUGUACUUUUGGUACAACCUCCCCAGAUGACGACAAUUUUUACUAGGCCCAGAAAUUAAUUCGGCUGAGGUUCGCCCUUUUUAAAUCCACCCAUUUUUUCCAUUUCACUUCUUCACUUUAUUAUUAUUAUUUUUUUUGUUCUCGCGUUUCCAUCAUUUAUUCAUUCAUUUGGAAUUGUGCCUCCUCUGCCUAACUGCCAACAUCGAGUGAUUGCUUUUCCUCUCCACAGCUGCUCACAUGGCUCAGAAGGUGGUGUUGAAGGUAUUAACCAUGACCGAUGAGAAAACUAAACAGAAAGCUUUUGAAGCUGCCGCUGAUAUUUACGGGGUUGAUUCGAUUGCUGCUGAUCUGAAGGAACAAAAGCUGACAGUGAUUGGAGAGAUGGACGCAGUGGCGGUGGUGAAGAAGUUGAAGAAGGUAGGAAAAGUAGACAUCAUAUCUGUAGGGCCUGCUAAGGAAGAGAAAAAGGAGGAAAAGAAAGAAGAGAAGAAGGAAGAAAAGAAAGAAGAGCCACCCAAAGAGGAAAAGAAAGAAGAGAAAAAAGAGGAAGCUGCUAAACCAUAAAAACCAAAUUUUAAGCCCCAAAUUCUUGCCAUCGUUACUUAAAGUUAGUUCAUUAGUGUUUUUUAUUUAUGUUGUUGAAUGUUGAUACCAUAAGCAUAUAGCCCAAAAUGCAGCGCUGCUGUACCACUAAUUUCUCUAUUGUAAACCGUUCAUAAAUGAGCUGCGAUUUCUUCAUGAGUGUAACAAUAAAAUUGGUAUGCCUUAUUGGAAAGCAACUGAUAUUAGAAAUGUCUGGUCAGUUUACUUUAUAUAUCCUACAGAGCAGAGUUUAUGAGUUCUCAAUCAUGUCCCUCCUGAAAUCUCCUGAAAUAAAGAUUAGUACUCCUUUGUCCCAAAAAAAUAAUUUACGUAUUUACAAAUCGUGUAUAAAUUAUAAUAUGGAUUACUUUUUAGGACAGAAGUGAUACAAAUGUGCUAUGAAUAAAACUAGUGCUAUAUGGAGGUCUCGAUGAAUUCACCAUUUGACUCACAAGUGCACG